CUUAGUCCAGGAGAGGAGGCAGAGGGUGACAUGGGGGUAAUGGGGACGACAUAGAGGAGGUCCGAUCCAGGGAGGGAAGAAAAUCAGGAUCGAGACUCUUAUUAGCACUUGCCCAGUUUUCUGCAGCUCUCAUAUCUCCCCAGAUGGUGGCCAUGGCCUGUAGGAAACUCCUUGUGUUGACAUAUUACAAGUUGCUGAUUGGAUUUCUCAUCACUUCUUUAACGGGAUCUGAAGCCAACGAAUGUCCUCAGCUUUGUGUUUGUGGGAACCGUCCUUGGUUUACUCCACAGUCGACCUACCGCGAGGCCAAAACCGUGGAUUGCAAUGACCUACGUCUGACCAAGAUCCCAGCCAACCUUUCUGCAGACACCCAGGUGCUUCUUCUGCAGAGCAACAACAUCGAGCGGACUAAUGGAGAACUUCAGCAGCUGGUGAACCUCACGGAGCUUGAUCUUUCCCAGAAUAACAUCACCUCCAUUCAAGAUGUGGGUCUGGCCAAUCUCAGCCAGCUCACCACUCUGCACCUGGAGGAGAACCAAGUCUUCGAAAUGACUGACUACUGUCUUCAAGACUUGACCAACCUUGAGGAACUCUACAUCAACCACAACCAGCUCAGCUCCAUCUCACCUAGUGCCUUUGCUGGACUGCGCAGUUUACUCCGCCUGCACCUAAAUUCAAAUAAAUUGCGGAUUAUUGACAGUCGCUGGUUUGAUUCCACCCCUAUCUUGGAGAUCCUAAUGAUUGGUGAAAACCCAGUCAUCGGUAUAUUGGAUCUAAAUUUCCAACCACUGAGAAGUUUGAGGAGCUUAGUCUUGGCCGGCAUGUACCUUAGUGACAUUCCAGGGAACGCUUUGUUGGGGUUGGAUAAUCUGGAGAGUUUAUCCUUCUAUGACAAUAAGCUCAGUCAAGUUCCCCAGGUGGCUCUACAAAAACUUCCGAACCUCAAGUUUUUGGACCUUAAUAAAAAUCCCAUCAGAAAGAUUCAGGAAGGAGACUUCAAGAACAUGUUACGCCUGAAGGAGCUGGGGAUCAACAACAUGGCAGAGCUUGUAUCUAUAGACCGCUACGCUCUAGACAAUCUCCCAGAGUUAACGAAGCUUGAAGCUACAAACAAUCCGAAACUGUCCUAUAUCCACCGAUCCGCCUUCCGUAAUGUGCCUACCCUGGAGAGCUUGAUGCUAAAUAAUAAUGCUCUGAACUCUGUGUACAAGGGUACGGUGGAAUCGCUGCCCAAUCUGCGGGAAAUUAGUAUCCACAGUAACCCGAUACGUUGUGACUGCGUCUUGCACUGGAUAGGUUCCAAUCAAACCACCAUCCGUUUUAUGGAGCCGCUGUCCAUGUUUUGCGCAUUUCCCCCAGAAUAUCGAGGCCAGUCUGUGAAGGAGGCCUUGGCUCAGGACUCGACUGCAGAGCAGUGUUUACCCAUGAUAGCUCAAGAAACCUUCCCCAGCCAUCUCAGCCUAGACUUAGGUAUGACCAUUUCCUUGGAUUGCAGAGCAAUGGCCGAACCUGAGCCUGAUAUCUACUGGGUUACCCCCAUGGGCCAUAAGGUUACCACAGAGACUUUAUCUGAUAAAUAUCGCUUGGGCGGGGAAGGGACCCUGCAGAUCAGCAAUGUGCAGGUGGAGGACUCUGGCCGGUACACCUGUGUGGCACAAAAUUCAGAAGGGGCAGACACCAGGGUGGCAACACUGCGUAUAAACGGGACCCUUCUGGAUGGUUCUCAGGUUCUCCGGCUUUACGUGCAGCAGACUGAAGCUAGUUCAGUCCUGGUGUCCUGGAAGGUUAGCUCCAGUGUCUUGGCUUCUAACCUGAAGUGGUCUUCUGCCACCAUGAAGAUUGACAACCCUCACAUCACAUACACGGCCCGGGUUCCUGCCGACGUCCACGAAUACAACCUGACCCAUCUCCAACCCGCCACCGAGUACGAAGUGUGUCUGACGGUAUCUGGUCUACAUCAACAAGCUCAGCGAGCCUGCAUUAAUGUCACCACCAAGGGCACGUCCUACUCAUUGACCGUCACCGACCAGGAGACCAGCGCGGCCCUGGCUGCCGUUAUGGGGUCUCUUUUUGCCCUCAUCAGUUUUGCUUCGGUUUCUGUUUACGCAGCAAAAAGAUUCCAGAGGAAAAACUAUCGUCAUUCCCUGAAGAAGUACAUGCAGAAGACAUCUUCCAUCCCACUGAACGAGCUGUACCCCCCACUCAUCAGCCUGUGGGAGGGGGACAGUGAGAAGGAGACGGGGACUGCGGAGACCAAAGCCUCCCAGGUGGACACAACCCGGAGCUAUUACAUGUGGUAACGCCUGAUGGUGACAUCUGAGCAGAGCACAAUGACUGAUGGAGGCGACUACAACACCCCCAUGGCCCCCUUAGAUUUCCCCUUACACCCCCCAUGGUCUUGUUAGGUUUGCCCUUGACCCCCCAUGGGCCCAGUAAGUUUCCCCUUCACCCCCAUGUCCACCUUAGGUUCCCAUUACAUCCCCUAUCACCCCCUUAUGUCCUUCUCUAUCUUUCCUCUUUUUGUCCUCCCUUGUGCGCUGCCCGGCCAGAAACCCAUGAACGGCUGCCAAGUCCGAGCUGCUGACGGCUCCGCUGCCUCAGUGGGCGACUCUUGGUCGCGUUUCAAGCUUGUCAGUUACUGGACGUCAAUGUAAAUCCAUUUAGGAUCGAGCUGCAGGAAGACGAGAGAAAAGUGCAGUCUCAUCAUUACGCUUCAUCACUGAGGCAAAUAUAGAUAUAGCAAAGGCCCAACCAGGGGGACAUGGGCGGAGGGGCAUGCAUCCUGGGGGCCAGUGGGGCCCCCAACCAGCUACUCAGUGUAGAUGCCAAGCCAUGAAUCCAGGCCCAGCUGACGACUGGUCCUGAAAUCAUAGAGAACCGUCUAUUAGAAGGAUGGACCUGGUGACUUAAAGGGGCACUCCACCUAACCCUACUGACUUAGCAUUUUGCACAUCCGUGCUUGGAAUUCUCACUCUCAUUAGGCCUAUGUAUGUUUCUUACACUUGGACAUGACGCAGAGCUGCUUUCUAACUUCCAGUGUGUAUAAUCCAGGGAAGGCGGCAGAUCUGUGUCCUGUUCAACGGAGGCACAAAUGAGAAUCACUUUGGUUGCUGAUGUGAGGUUGAUGCAGAAAGAUAAGCCAUGGCAGUCUACAUGCCAUACCCGAUGGACUCACCCACCCAAAGGUGCCCUCUAAUUGCCAGUCAUUGCCCCAACAGUCACAGACUGCAUUGCAUUAUGGGAUCCUAGCAGAACUGCCGGGGGUUAUGGGGUGAAGCUUUGAAUGCAGUUCUGGUUGUGACUGGAGUAGAAGACCAUGCACAUAAUAAUAUCAUGGGAGCAGCGGUAUUGAAGGUUUAGGCAAAGUGAUUCUAUUAACCCCUUCCCCCCUGCACCUGUACAGUCUGGACUGUUAUAACCUGUCAGCGGGGCGCCAAUAUUUACGCAGCCUUCCUUCAUUGUAAAUGAAUGGAUCCUUUGCAGCUUGUCGGUUUCUGGCCAGGCGGCGCAGCAACGCAUUUCGGCGUCUUUGCUGCUAUGGUGGCAGAGUGAUUUUAUUCGGCCUGGAUUAUUUUGGUUUUUCUCGUACGGCGUAUCGCAGCUUUAUUGGGAGGAAUUUUUGUUUUUCUCGCUCCCGAUUUCCCAUUUUAGACAUUUUUAUCUUUUUAAUUAUUUCGGCAAAGGGCUGAUUUAUAAAGCGGCCAGCGCGCCACGUGAACACUUGUUGAAUUGGCGUGAGCAAAACCCGGAGGGCACGGACCCCGCCCGCAGUGAACAAAAAUUCCGCCUCCGCCCCAAAAACAAGUGAACUGACUGUAUCGUUGUAUCAACUUCUUCUCUGGAAUUUUUUGGACUGAUGGGGAACAGGAGCCUGAACCCCUUUUAUAGUAGAAGAUUAAAGCUUCCUGGUAGAGCUGUCCUAGCAAUAUGUCCUCUCACCCCCCCCCCCCCCCCCCACUUACACAGGCAGCCAUCUUGAACACACAAGCCGUGGACUGGCUGGAGGAGUAGUGACGUCAUCAGUUUCUGAAGAAAAGCCAUGCUAUAACCACCCCUGAGUGACUGAUAGACUGCGUCCCCAUGACAGCUCUUCUGGUCGGUGGAAUGGCUGCCACUGCUGCAUGCGUAGACGACGGGUGCUCUUUAGGGACGCUUCAUCCUGAGUAUCAUGCGUGAGAGACGGGCGGCUGCUCUCAUUUCUUCGCCACAUCAUUACAAGGUGCAUUGAGACCUCAGGAAGAAAAUAACUUUCACUGCUUCAGUGGCGGCGGCGACGGCCGCUUGUCACGUGACUGUUACCGCAUGUCACCUUCCUCGUUAAAGCACAACGUCAUACUAUUCCGCUCAGCCUAGUAAGGCGGUAGAGAGUAGCAUACAGCUCACCCCACCCCCGAAUGCCAUCUAAUGCAGAGUAAUUGUAUAGCGCUAGAUUCACUUUAUUCUGUACAAUGCGAGGUUUUCUAUAUAAAAUAAACC